AUGUCCACAAAAACCUUCAUCGUUUACGUACUAUCAACUUUCUCUUUCGCUCUUCUCUCUGCACUAUUUCUCAUGCAUAAUAACCAAAAUCCAUCAUCGUUAUUAUCAUCAACCUCUAACCGUUAUGGUUCUGCAACUGAUAGAAUUUGGCCGGAAUUGAAGCCGAGUUGGAAACUUGCUUUGGCCACGGUUAUCAGUUUUUUUGGUUCAGCAUGUGGAACCGUUGGUGGUGUUGGUGGUGGUGGCAUUUUUGUUCCUAUGCUUAAUCUUCUUCUCGGUUUCGAUGCCAAAUCCGCUGCUGCUCUUUCUAAAUGUAUGAUAAUGGGGGCUUCCGCGUCUUCUGUUUGGUACAAUUUGAGAGUGGCUCAUCCGACGAAAGAGGUGCCGAUAUUAGACUAUGAUUUGGCUCUUUUGUUUCAGCCAAUGCUUAUGCUUGGGAUUACUCUUGGUGUUACUCUCAGUGUUGUUUUCCCUUUUUGGCUUAUUACUGUCCUCAUUAUCAUUCUCUUCAUAGGAACUUCUUCAAGGUCUUUCUUCAAAGGAAUUCAAAUGUGGAGGGUUGAGACCAUUCUUAAGAAUGAAACUGCUAAGCAAGCUGCUUUGGUUAAUUCCAAUGGAGAAUAUGAAACAGUUCUAAUCGAUGCGAGAUAUGAACCAUUGAUUCCUAAAGAAAAGAAAUCAACUAUGCAAAUACUCUGUUUUAAUCUUAAAUGGAAGAGGAUUCUAGUGCUGUUGGCUGUGUGGAUUUCUUUCCUCCUAAUUCAAAUCAUCAAGAAUCAUGUAGAGGUCUGCAGUGUUUGGUAUUGGGCGCUCUUCAGCUUGCAGUUUCCAAUUGCAUUUUUGGUAUUCGGCUUUGAGGCAGUCAAGUUGUACAAGGAUCACAGAAAGAGGAAGGGCACAGGGAGCCUAGAAUACAUAUGCCUACUUGGUUCUGGAGGUGGAUUUAUUUUGGGGCCUCUUUUACUUGAGAUUGGUGUCAUCCCACAGGUUGCUAGUGCAACAGCAACAUUUGUGAUGAUGUUUUCAUCAUCUUUGUCUGUUUUUGAAUUCUACAUUCUCAAGAGGUUCCCUAUUCCUUACGCACUAUACCUCGUCACAGUGUCUGUUUUGGCUGGCUUUUGGGGACAAUUCUUUGUACGAAAACUAGUUGUGUUUCUCGGGAGAGCAUCUCUCAUCGUAUU